AAGAUUAAUUUGCAAGUAAAUUUUUAUAAUUGAAUGCAAAAGCGGUACGCGACUGAUCUCGUUGUUAGCGUAACGAGUAGAUACGUUUUUUGGUCAGUUUUAAAACAUUGCAAUAAAACUGUUAUGCAGUUCGGAUUAACACUCGGUUAAACACUGGAGUUUUUCGCGUACUAGGUUUUAUUUAAAUUCUGCAAACGGAUGAAGUAAAAAUUUAAGAGCCCCUUACUUCAUUUGAACGUGCAUCUUUUUUUCCGCGAUUGCGAUUAACCGCACAUCCGAUUGUGAGAAGAUUUAUUCCGAUUUCGGAAAACAGGGUAAAAACAAUAUACCGCGUCGAUUCAUUUCCAAAAUUCUAAAAUUAUCGAACAAAUUCGUUGUCUGCUGAUUUUCAAUCCCGCUCAUCAUCAAUUACGCGAUUAUUCAUCUUUGACACCCCAUACGUCCGUCACGUUGUUCGGGAUCGUGAAAGUACAGCGACUGCGCUCGUCGUUCAGUGACCACGAUAAAUUGCCAUUUGCCACAGUAAUUACAUCGCAUGGUCGAAUCCCACGUAAUAGGAUACGAUUGUCGGUUACGGGGGACAAAUUGUCGAUAGGUAUUUCGCGUCGUCGAAUGUGUCCGCCUAAAAGCUAUUUGCAAAAAGAUUCCACGGGGCGUUGCCAUUCCGCAGCAGGUGCUGAUCGCGCCUGUUAAUCGAUGGGUAGAACGCACGCCGUAUAAAUAUCUGAAAAUGAUCCAGUUUCUCAAUAGUUUUAUCUAGUCACCCGUCAAUGACGGUUCUAACGCUGGAAUAAUUAAACGACACCUCGUCGAGAUCCGCGAUGUCAACCAGACGCAUCAGUCUUCUGAUCUUCGCUUUGUUAUGGACCAAUACGAAACAGGGCGAUGUUAAUUCGAUGAACGUAAUAAAGAAACUGAUGCAGGAUCUCCGAACAUCACCCUUCGGAUACCCCGUUCAUCGUGUCAACGACAAUGCCCAUCCCGGAGGAUACGCGGGAGCCGAUGAUCCAGGUGCAGAGAAUACUCCUGGUGGCCAAGGGAGGAGUGGCGGUUACAGGGUUGCCGGGGGAUACAGCUUCGUCGUUUCCCAUGAUUACGGCAGUCGAUCCGAUCAUCGAGUAAAGGUCCCCUGGAGUAAGGUACAUCUAAUUGCAGGCAGAAGCAACGCUGAUCUAGAAAAUAUCGUCACGUUGGGUGGAGUCGAAGAACCGGAUCCUGGUAGUAGUCGCGGUACCGACGUUAGAGAAAAGAAUACAGGCGAAUCUGACAGACCCGUAAAAAGGCCGGGACUUGAUAGUUACAUUGAAAAAGAAAAAUACGAACCGUACGUGGAAUAUGACAAAGUUGUGGAGGGCGGCAAAAAAGUACCAUCUGUCUACACCCGGGAAUAUUGUGGAGCUGACAGCGGCGCGGUGCGCGACGGGAAAGAGAAAUAUGAUUCGGACGAUGGAUACGGCGGAUCUAAUAACGAGAGAGAUAAGGGGAUAUAUGUUAAAUCUGGCAAAUAUGACGGAUCCGAGGAUUACAACGGAUACCGCAAUGACGAGGCUUUCGGGGGACGUCCCGACUACGUCGAUGACGGGGAAACGGGAAAAUAUCUCGCUUCCGGGGACGAAAGCGAGGAAUUCCAUCAUUUUAAUAUCCCAGAAGCAUCCGAUGCUCAUUCGGCGGACAACGAAAAUGAACGGAGCGGAGAGUACGAGUCGGGCGUUCGCUACGCGGAUACGAAAUUCGGAAACACGAAGAAUUCUUUCAUGGACGACUUUUUCAACGAGUAUAAUCAGAUUUCUCUGGGCGACCGAGACCGAGACCGUCUCACCCACGAAGACGAAUAUUACCGUGACCGUGACUCGCGGGAUGAGAGGAGCCAUUAUUUCGCAGGAGGCAAUGGCGACGAGGAUUUUCAGGACGAAGUAGACUACGAAGGCGAUCGUAACGAGGAGGAAGAUGGUGGGGAAGAUAGUCGAUUCGGGGAAGAGAAGGGCCGUAAAAAAAAUUCAAAGACAACGGGAUUCAGAAACGUUCUACGCAAGGACGAAUACACCAAGGAUCACAGGUUUUACGCGAAUGCGGAUAACGACGGACAUUUCGACAAGGACGCCGACUACGGGGGACAUCAUUCAGCAGAUGAUGAAAGCCACGAAAAAAUGAGCCACGAUGACUCCGACUCGGAAGAUGAGCGCUACGGAGAAUCCGACAGCGAAGACAACGGCCGAUACGUCGACGAUGACGCCCUUCGCUACAAAGAAGAUGACGACAGUUCGUAUUUCGGUGAUUUUUCGGACUACGGGGGCGAAGGGGAAAGUGAAUACGAAUCGGAUUACGGGGACAGUUAUCAUGCCGACUAUUAACGGGAUAUUGUUUCCAUAGGUUAACGAUAAAUGGUUGUUAAAGACGUAACACCAAUUCUACAACUGCGUAAGUAUGUAUGUAAUAUAGAUAUAUAUAUAUAUAUAUAAUUUUUUUCUAUACGUAAUAAUAACAGUAAUAAAAUCAGCACGAAUAAUUCCACAUUACGUGCCUGAAUAAAUAUGAAACAACAUAACUCCAAGGUACAUAUAUACCGAUACCAUUGCCAUGAACGAGAGAAUAAAAAUAUCAAAACGAAA